GGCAUUUAGUUCGAGAAUUAGGGAGCGUGAAGAUAUCAAUAAUUAAAAUAUAAGAGAUCUUAAUUUUUUUCGCAAAAUGAAAAUUGUGCGAACAUAUCUAGAACUCAGUAUAUUUGCAGUUUGGUUUAUAAACACUAUUGUUCCAUCUGCGGAAUUUGACAUCAAAUUGGAAAAUAAAGACAAAUUUGACUGUCAUCCUGAUCCUGGAAGCUUUAGUCAAAUACAAUAUAACUGCAUGCUAAGACGCUGCUCUUUCCAGCCUGUUGAGAAAUCAAGAGUCGUAGAUACUCCUAUCUGUUUCUUUCCAUCUAAUUAUGUUGGGUACGUUUUGGAGAAAUGUUGGACUUCGGAAACAACAAUGUCCUGUACAGCUGUACGUCAAACUUCGUCAGGUUGGCCCAAUGAUUCUCUUCGAAUACAUGUCGAUAUUUUCAUGGAGAGUGCUACUCGUCUGCGCAUAAAAAUAGCUGAUUUCACAAGUAGGUUCGAAGUUCCAGUCGAUUUAUAUCAUACUAAAAGCGAAAGUUCAAAUACUCAUUAUAAUGUUUCCAUCUCCAAAUCCCCGUUUGGUAUACGGGUUAUUCGUAAGAGUGACUCCGAGGUGCUAUUCGAUACUACAAUAGGUCAAGCUCCUCUUAUCUAUUCCGACCAGUUUGUUCAAAUUUCCACCCGUUUACCAUCUGAAGUUAUAUAUGGACUAGGAGAACACGAAUCAAAAUUCUUAAAAAAUGCUAAUGAGGGCCGUCAACGAUUUGGCUUUUGGACAAGAGACGAACCUCCUACGGUUGGUACAAACUUAUACGGAGUUCACCCUUUCUAUUUGGGAAAAGGAAAGAAAUCAAACUUUUUUGGCGUUUUCUUGCUGAAUAGCAAUGCUAUGGAUGUAGAUUUGCAACCAACACCUGCCCUUACAUUUCGAACCAUUGGUGGUAUCUUAGAUUUCUAUGUUUUCACAGGACCUCGGCCUGAUCAAGUUAUUAGUGAUUAUCAUAAUUUGAUUGGUAGAACUUUUCUGCCUCCAUACUGGUCUCUCGGCUAUCAUCUUUGCCGAUGGGGCUAUAAGUCGGAUUCUAAAAUGAAAGAAAUUAUCAGUCGAAACCGUGCUCUUGGUAUUCCUUAUGAUGUUCAAUGGAACGAUAUUGAAUAUGCGCAAAACAAUUUAGACUGGACGUAUGACGCAAAAAACUUUAAGGAACUGCCUUCAAUUGUUAAAGAUUUGCAUGACAAUAAUCAAAAAUAUAUGAUUAUUGUUGAUCCUGGAAUAAGUAGUACUCAACCUUCAGGCUCUUAUCCUCCAUAUGAUAAUGGAUUGAAGAUGAAUGUCUUCGUGAAAAAUGACGAUGACAAACCCCUUAUUGGAAAGGUAUGGCCAGGUUUAACUGCUUUUCCAGAUUUUUUCCACCCAAAUGCUACACAAUAUUGGAUGGAAUCUGCAAAAAGUUUCCAUCAAACAUUAUCUUUUGAUGGACUAUGGAUUGACAUGAAUGAACCAUCCAACUUUGUAGAUGGAUCCGUUCCCCCAUGCUCUAAGAAUAAAUGGAAUAACCCUCCUUACACACCUAACAUUCUUGGUUCUAGCCUAUUAUCAAAAACAAUUUGCCCUUCAGCCAGACACUACGGCUAUAGACACUACGACGUGCAUAAUCUCUAUGGCAUAAGUGAAAUGAAGGUCACGAAUGAAGUUUUAAAGGAAAUCAGACAGAAACGGCCUUUUAUUAUCUCUCGAUCAACUUUUGCUGGCGCUGGUCAAUACGGAGGCCAUUGGACUGGAGAUGUGAGUUCUACCUGGUUUGAUAUGAAAUACACAAUACCAACUGUUCUAAAUUUUCAAUUGUUUGGAGUUCCAAUGAUUGGGUCUGACAUCUGCGGUUUCAAUGGUAAUACAACUGAGGAAUUGUGCGUAAGAUGGAGUCAAUUAGGCGCAUUUUACCCUUUUUCAAGAAACCACAACAGUUAUUACAAUAAAGAUCAGGAUCCAGCCGCUUUUUCACCGACUGCUAAACAAAAAAUUAAAUUUGCUUUACAAACCCGUUAUUCUCUCCUCCCCUAUCUUUAUUCUCUAUUCUUUAGGAGCCGGGCAGAAGGUCGCACAGUCGCUACACCCCUAGUAGUUAAUUUCCCUAAUGACUCAAUAACUUACAAUAUCGAUGAACAAUUCAUGUGGGGUGAAUCUUUACUAAUAAGCCCAGUUUUGGAAAAAGGCGCAACUUCACUAAAAAUGUACCUUCCUCAAGAGGUAAAUUGGUAUGAUUUCUACACUGGAGAAAGCAUAAAAGCAGGCUGGCGGAAUGAAACAAAUAUAGAUGACAUAAAAUUGCAUGUAGCAGGUGGCCAUGUAAUCCCAAUGCUUCCUGGUAAUGUUAAACAUACCACCGAGCAACAAACCAAGCCUUUCAAGCUUCUAGUAACUUCGUCUCUAAGUGGAGUUGCGAGGGGUGAACUGAUGUGGGACGACGGAGAUAGUUUAAAUGCUUUUGAUUAUAAACAGUAUUCCCACUUCUCUUUCACCGUUAAACAGAAUAAAUUGCUCGUUAGUGCUGACAUAAAGGGUUUCCAGCCAUCAAUUGGCGUUCAGCUCAAUCAAGUGACCGUUUAUGGAGUGACUCAGAAAGUCAGUUAUGCAGUAGUAAACGAUAAAAGGGUUGAAGCCUCUUACAACUCCAAGCUUAAGGAACUAUUUACUCGGACAAGGAAUGUAAAUUCAAGCCUCUGUAAGGAUGCAGUCAUCGGUUUGAAUGAAUUUUUUUCAACCAAUCCAUCGUUAAUAACUCAGGAACUGCCCAGUAUCAUUGAAUAUACCUCUCCCUUAUUCUAUAAUCGUGAUGUCAACGUUAGAAAAUCUGUCCGUAAAUUUUUUUCCUUUAUUUGUGAAAACAUUGGAAAAGAGAGAAUUGAACCCUUCUUCCCUCAAAUAUCAGCUCACUUGUGUUCUGCAAUGACAAAACUUGAUGAAGACAUACAGAUUUCAUCCCUUUACAUUUUAGAUAUUUUAUUAAAAUAUUAUCCAACUCUAACAACCGACGAUUCUCACGAAAUAUUAAAAAACUUUCUUGAGCUUAUUUCAAAGCAGUCAGGCAGCAAUCGAACUUUACUAACAAAUCCUACUAGCAGACUAUCUAAACAUAAAUACCGAUCAGAAAUCAUAUCAAGACUUCAAGUUUUCUUAUCCACGCUCGAUCAAGAUUUUCACGCAAGCUAUGACACAGAGAUGGAUAAAUUUUUGUUUGGAAAUGAAGCACAAAAGGCCAAAUUAAAAUUUUCCAUGAGAAAACAGGGUAUUAGUCUUGAGAAGAAAAAGAAUGAGUUCAAUAAAUUUGCAACAACUCUAUUCUCGCUCUUAAUUGAUUUGUGGAUGGAAUACUUGCCACUUGAAGAAGGGGGUUCAAACCUUUCACCGGAUAUUGCUGAACCUUUGAAUAAUAUCUCUCGAAUUCUAUGUAGUAUUCUAAAUAUUUGUAAUAGUACAGAAAAAAAUGAGACUUUCAACGAAGAAAAGUCGAAAUCAACACCACUACAUAUUCUGUCAAUGAAUUUAAGAAUUUGCGAAAUAUAUUCUCAUUUUGUUUCCUCACAAAAAGAAAUGGAUGAAAGAUGGAUGGAGAAAUUUUCACCUUUCUUUAAUAAACUUGCCAAACGGGGUAACUUAAUUUUAAAGCACGUUCGACGGUUUAUAAUUGUCGUUUGGCGAUUAAUGAGCGGAACUAGUGAUCGCGAAAACCAAGCUGAGCUAUUAGAUUUGGCUAUAAUUUUUUCCAAUAAUACGAAAUGUCAAACUGCAGAAAGCACAUACAUUAUAAAAUUUUUAAGGAUACUACUUUUCUCAUUUGAAUACCGUCAUCUACUUGAUUUGCCUCCCGCUAACUCGUGGAUUUCGUCUAUUCCACCCAAGAUGAUAAGUUAUAAAAAAUUUUCUUCUGAUGAAAUUCGUCUUCUAAUCGAAUGCCUAUAUGAAGCGGGCAUUAGAGGAAGAGAAUCAGCCCUUAGCUCUCUUGAAAUAAAUAUUAUAGAAACUUUUUCUUUAUUAUGUGAGAAAGAGUUUCCGGAGAAAAACAAGCUGACCGACCUCUAUUUAAUUGUUCCAUCUAUUGAACUGAAAAUUUUACAACCUAUUUCUAUCGCUCGGAAUGAAUGUAAUUUAGAUAUGGAGACAACUAUCAGGGCAAUGGACAAUAUUUGCCUUCGCCUAUCAAGAAUGAAAAGAAAUUUAUCAGCUCUGUCGGAUGUUUUUACAACAUUUGAUAGAUUAGUUAUUGGUAAGGCAAUUAAUAAAUUACAACCUUCAAAAAUUUUACCAGUAUCAAAGGAAAAAAGCAUUAGAAUAACACCAGAAGAUUUCAACGGAGAUUCACAAUUGACUGACUUUCAGGAAAAGUUUAAUGUUCUACCCAUCAACUCCGUUCUAUCAAUAUUCCAAGCACUCUCAAGUCUUAUUUCCACUAGUCAAGCAAAACCAUUAGAUCAAACUAUACUUUACCAAUGGAUAUCAGUCUUAGUUAAGUUCUACGUAACAUUGGGAUUGGAUGAGAUGGCAGAAACUGAAAAAGCUGUCAAUAUGUUUGAAUGUAUCGAAAAAAUAUUAUGCGAUUCAUUUUCCUCAAAUGCAAUAGACUAUUGGACAUUUUUAAAUAUAAUAUUUCAGUAUGUUACAGAAGAUGGUGAAGAAGAAAGGCUAACUAUUUUAGCUACACUCUGCAAGAAGAUAUUACAUGAUGCGAAAGAUUCUCUUCUCAACAUAUUAAUAAAUGGUUCACCAGAAAAUAAAGAAACUCUUAAUAAAAUAUCGGAGGAUAUUAAAACAAUGGAAAAAUACAAAAACUGGUCUGCAUUCUCAUUCGAUAUACAGACGUUUAUUCUAGAAUUUGAGGAAAAAAUGAAGGCUAAAAACAAUCGUAAGAGAAUUAGAACGUUAGAAGACGUUUGCUCGAAGAAAAAGAAAUUAGACUACACUUCAAUAGACGAAGAUAUUGCUGUAAUUACAGAAAAUAAUCAUGAAUUCUCUGACAUGAAAGCUGAUGGUAAUAGCUCACAAAAUAUUAUUGAAGCAGAGACAAACAAAAGUGAAUACGGAACUGAAGAAAACGGAAAUAAUGAAGUACUUAUGGAAAGUUCUGAAGCAGCUAAACAUUCUCUGGAUUAUGGGGAAUCUAAAGUUGUUACUAAAAUACAAUUUGGGGAUAACGAGACAGAAGAGAAUAAAAGUGAAAAUGAAUACGAUAGUGAGAGUGUACAAGAAAACGAAUAUUGCGAAAUCGUUAAUACUUCAUUUCCAAGUGCUUCGACUUUUAGCCAGAGCAAUUCAGCUGAGAAAGGAGUUGUUUUUAUAUUAGGUAGUAGCCCAUCCGAAGCAGAAAUAAGUACAACUGAUGAUUCCAAGCCAUUAACUAACAAUAGUAAAUAUGUGGUUGGCCUAAAGUUUGAGACAAGUGACACUAUAAAUGAAGAAGAAAAAUGCCACAACACGGAUCGUCUUAAAACGGAAUCAAUAAUACCAAACGACAGUCAGAUAUCGAACGAACAAAACGAAAACAGUAAACGUGAUAAUUUAAAUGAUGGAAAAGGAAGUAGUAAUGUAAGCUCUAAAAAUGAUAAUGAAAUGGACGAAGAUGAUAUCGACGAAGAGGAAAUUUUCAAGACUUUUAAUGAUAUGCCUGCUGACGACAAUUAG